UUCUGGAACCAUGAGGUGACAAACAGAGGUAGCGUAGUAUGGAUGAGCAGGCUUGUGUAAUAUCUAGAUAUGAGGUCUGUGACCAGCAAGCCCUUGGACGACGUCUAACAAUUUGGGCUUGAACACCACCCACCAAUAAUAGUGUGUGAACAAGAAGAGACUUAAGAAGACUAUACAUGAUAGUUUAGGACAUGGGUGGGGGCAUCGUGACCGAGGCUCGCAGGAGGUUGAUAUAUAAGGCUAUCGUAGAUGCAGCAGGACAGGAGCAGGCUCAUUCCAAGUAGAUCUGUUUUACCUCACCCCAGCCGAUUCACUCAGUUAUAGCCACAGUCAUGAAGUCUUUCGCUGCUGUCACACUUCUCGUUGCCGCCCUCGCUGAGGUUGCACAUGGUCACUACAUUUUCCAAUAUUUGACCGCCAAUGGCGUCAAAGGUGGACAGUACCAGAAUGUGCGCAGAAACACUAACAACAACUCGCCCGUUACGGAACUCAGCUCCAACGACCUCCGCUGCAAUGUCGGCGGCGGAUCCGGCAGUUCCACCUCCACAGUCUCUGUCGCAGCAGGUUCUACGAUCCAAAUGACUGCCGAUCAGAGUGUAUAUCACCAGGGCCCUGUGUCGUUCUACAUGACCAAAGUAGACAACGCUGCUGCUGCUGAUGGAAGCACGGAUUGGUUCAAAAUCAAGGAGAUUGGCCCUACAUUCAGUGGUGGCCAAGCAAAGUGGGACAUGUCUCUGACCUACUCCGCGACUAUCCCUUCUUGCAUCGCGCCCGGAGAAUACCUCCUUCGUAUCGAACAGCUUGGAAUCCACAACCCCGGAUCCCCUCCUCAAUUCUACAUCUCCUGUGCGCAGCUCAAGGUCACUGGCGGAGGCUCCACAACUCUUUCUCCCACCACCAAGAUCCCCGGACACGUGAAGAGUUCCGACCCAGGAUACACGGCUAACAUCUACAACCCCAGCUUCACGAGCUACACCGUCCCCGGACCCAAGGUGGCGACUUGCUAA